UCUAAAGGUGCUGAUAGAGCUUAGUUGAAGUUAGUUUCAAGCAUACCUAGAAGUUCCACACAAGCGUCGGAUCGGAAAGUGCUAGAACAAUAUACAGAGCUUAUUGAGUACUCUUGUCCGAGAUAAACAUACGAGAUGCCAAAGAAAACCAGUCUACAUCACAAGUAGUCAGAGCAAACAAACAAACGAAAAAAAAAAUUCCCGAACCAUGACACGACCGGUUGGCCCUAGCAGAACCAGUACAAUUCUCCGACACCGAAGCUGCAUAUUUUCCGUCACCAGCAUAAUCACACAUGUUUUCCACCCAGCGGUGGCAGCAGUCGUACUUGCAUCGGUGUUUGGAAUGCUGCUGACCGGCAUGGAAGGUGCAUAUGCGAUGUCCGGUUACGGUGCUGGUGGUGCAAAAGUUAGCGUAGUGAAAUCUAUCAAAGGAGAUUCUUUAGUUCUGAAGACGAAAUAUGACUCUAAACUGCACAAAUCGAAAGUGUACAAGCCAGAAAUAUUCAAAACUAAUCGACAGGAAGGAUUUCUGGAAUAUUUCC